GUGUAGCUCACGAAAUCUUGGACAGAGUUGAACCAUCUCUAGCCCAAUCGAUAAAUUGCCAUCUCCAGCACAAAUUCAAUGAAAAAACGGGUAUAAUUUUGGUGCAUCAGUGUCAGUGAAUACACGAAAAGUGCUUUCAGUGCAGGAUUCCGCGAGCAAAAAAUGGUUGUCUGCACAGCCACUAUGCCCCCGGAAACGAGGCCGAUGCCCGCGAUGAAGAAGGAGCCCAUGGAAUUGAUGGAUAACGAAAAUCCCGCGAACCCUGAACCUGGUGACACUUGCGACGGGGGGGCCGUAGAGGAGGAUCGCGAGGAGGGUGAGAUUGUGGAUGAUUAUGAGCUGAUCAUCUCGUCCGAGGACGAGGAGUUUAAGCUGCGCGCCCGCAUUCAGCAGCUGGAGGAGAACAACAAGGAUGUGGAACGCAUGGACAUGCUGUCCGCCAAUUUGGCCCAUCAAUACAAUCUCCCAGAGCCUGGGCCUCGUCUGCCAUCCUACCAGCCAAAGUCAUCCAUCUACAUCCUGUCGGAUGUGUCCAGCCAAUCGGAGGAUGAGUUCGAGACUCAGCGCAAGCAUCGCAAACACAAAGUGCGUCGCCUGGAGCUGAGCAAAAGGCACCAUCAUUCGGUGUCCAGUGAUUACCGCAGGAACCCGUUUGCCAGGCGCCACAAACAGGCCUCGCCGCCUGCUCCUGUGCCUCUGCCUCGCCGGCGGCAGAGCUAUCACAACCACCAUCAGCCCAAUCAUCACCAUCAUCGUCAACAGCAGAACUACCAGCUUCAAGAUUCCCUGGACAGCGCCACGGAUGGCGAGCUGGGCGAAUACGAUGUAAAUUUUGAGAACGAGGAGGACGAGAUGGACCUGCAAAGACUUAAACUGAGCAGGGAUAAGCUGCGCGUGGCAUUAGCGCGAGAGGAGCGGCAGGAUGUCAUAAGUCAGUACAAAAACAGCUUGAGGGAACGACUGCAGUACCGCAUGCGCAAGUCCCCCAGUCCCAAGUACAGAAAGGAAUUCCCGCAGGAGGAGGAACUGCCGCUGUCGCCGCUGCAUCCACUAUCCGAUGGCGGAGAGGAGGAACCCGAACAGGAGAAGGCGCAGGUCGAAGAUCCCGCUGAGCUCAAGUUGCGACUGAUCGCCCUCAAAUCUGCGAUACUAAAAAAACAUUUGGCGCGCAAAAAGCGCGAUGCAGAGCGUGCCUACUCUCCCACUGACAUGAUCAAUCGUGUGCAUCCCGCCAUUUCCAAUGACGACGACAUCGACGACCUCAUGGAGAUCAGUCCGGCAGCAUCGCCAGACCGUGUUCAAAGUCCGCCAAGAUACUCAAUAGACUACGCCGUGGACACUAAGCCCGUGGACAUGGAUCUGGCUGAGACGGACAGCGAUGAUCAGCAUAAGGAUGCCUGGAAUCCUUGGUCGAACAACUGGAACUCCAUGUACCACGCAGGUGGCAGUUGGCGCUGCUUCUUGCCCAACAACCUGCCGCAUGUUUCGGUACCCAUUGUGAUAGACGAUGAAGAUGAGGAUGAUAUAAAGAUGGACGACCGGAUAAGGGGAGAGCAUAGAGCUUACGAGGAUGACGACGACGAAAUACCGCCGCCACCGCCGCCUUUUCACAUUCCACACAUGCAUCUGGAGGACGAUGAUGCCCGCGAUGCCAUGCAUCUGGUUGAUCAGCAUUCCAAUCAUAGUUCAAUUACGGAGAUGCAGUCCGUUUCCAUGGAAAACUCACAGACGCAUAUGAAGGGUCUCGACCAAUCCCAGCCCGAUUCCAGUGACGAUGAAGCGGGUGCUCUGCGAGCUAUUUUGCUGUCCAAUUUACGGGCAAUUAAGCCACCUCCACCUCCUCCAGGAUCUCCUCCUCCGCUUGUUGCACCCGCCUUGGUUUCUGUUCCUGUUCCAGUCCCUGUUCCUGCUCCGAUCGCAGCCACUAGUCCAGCUCUGGUUGAAGCCACUGUUCCAGCUCCUGUACCUGAUUCUGUUUCAGCACCUGUGCCUGUUCUUGCACUUGGUCGUGUGGCCCAACUUAAAGAGGAAUCAAACAACGAAAAUGACUCAGACGAUCCUGAAGAGUUGCGUUUGUUGCUUCUUUCUAGCAUAGCCAGCAAAAAGCGGGUCCAUGGGCCUCAAUCGAAAUCAGGCCUAAGCCCAGAGAUACUUAAGAACGCAGUAAAGCGCUUCCAGCCCACUGAAUUGGCAAUAAAAGAUGAUGAACAGUCCCAGGAUCAGCAGCCGAUUUCAGAAGAAAGUACUGAACUAGAAACAGAAGCAGAAAAGGAAAUUGUCAAAGAGACUGUUGUGGAGUCGAUCCCCGGGGAAACUUGCCCCAUGCCAAUGGAAGCUGGUCCGAAUCCCAGGGAAAAUGUGAAAUCUCCACAGCCAGUUGUUAAACUUACUAUACAGGCUGAGAUUCCUACGUCACCUUCUACCAAUAUUAUAAAAAUUGUCAAGCCCAACAAGGUGAUUAACAAAAAGACAACGACCAAGCGAAAACUGCCAAACGAAGAGUUGUCUGGCUCAGGUUUGAGCAUCAAGCGGCCAACAACAUUAAUGAUUAAGGAGCCCAGCGCUCCACUGCACGCCCAGACUGUGAAUUCGUCCAGCACUCGCCUCAUUACAACCGUAGAUCCAGCCAGCAUCAAGGUGAAUAAGCUGAUCAUAAGCUUAGCAGAGGAGUCAGCCGGUAGCGAUGAUGACCUGGAGCUGAGUUCGAGCUUUGCCUAUGCUACUUACACGGACAUUGCCAGUCCUUUGAGUUUGGCCAUGGGCAGUGCCAGUGGCUCCACUACCAGAUCAAAUACUCCCAUAUCCGAGAUCGUAGAGACGGCUUCCAGUGCCAAUAACAACCUCAGGCGAACUGUGAUUAAUGAAUACUUUGAGAAGAAGAUCGAUGAUUUCCUGAAGCAAGCUAGAUCUAAGGCUCCCGUAACAAACUCACCAGAGGCGGCGCCGGAGAAAAUUCCUGAGAAGGUCAAGAUUAACGAGAAGCAGCCAACAAUUACAGCUUCUAAGACACAGCCUGCUAAAACAACGCCAGUGGCUGUUCGACAUUUGCCAGUGGCAUCGCAGAAGGAAUACCUCCGUUUGGUCGAGCGUAUGCAAUUGCUGGAGCAAAAAAAGGUGCGGGCAGGAAAAGCUGCAGCUCCUGCGGUCGCAAUUAAGGCUCCCACUGUCGAGAAGCCAACACUUACGAAAAAUUCGGCGCUGAUCACGGCAAAUGCUGUGCAAAAUCUAGCAAAGGCUGCUCCAGCAAGUACAACUAAAUCUAUGACCAAUCCUAUCAAGACUAUCACACCAGUUGAUAAACCUCAAGCCAAACCCGAAGACUCAAAAGCACCAAAGUCCAAAGCCAAGCAGAAUCAACCGUCCAAGGAGAGUCGGCUGAAGGCCUUUGAGAAUUCUUUUGUCAAGAUCGGGGGAAGCAUGCUCCUUAAUCUUGACAAAUCGCUGCAAAUGGUCGAAGAGGCUAAGAAGUCGAAGGCAAUACGCCUGCGAUGCUCACAACGGCUCAAGGAACUCUAUGCCGAAAUGCAGACUGUGAAGCAGGCGGUCAAGCAGGAGGAGCUUAAACUGGCGAGGAUUCAGCCGGAGAUUCAGGCCAGCCAUGAGAUCAUCAUAUCACUCAAGCAGAAACGCCAUAGGCUAUAUUCGGCAGCUGUGGACUUGGGCCGUGGAUUAAGGGGCGAUGACUACAGGUUACUCGACGAGGGCAAAGCGGCCAUCACCCGCAAAUCUACACAACUCACUAGAGAGAUUCGUCUCUACAAUUCCAUUGUGAAGUACGAUGACCUCAAGAAGCUGACUGACGCCGAGGUCGUUCAACCAAAUACUGUGAUUGAAGCGGAAUCGAAGAAAAUUCAAACGGAGAGUGAUGCGCCAGAGCAGCCAAAGGACUUGAAGGAGGCGAAUACCCAGGAAUGCCCUGCAUUUUCAGAACCUAUUCAACCUUCCGCAGAUCCAGCGACUGGGAAUCAAGCUGAAACGGAGGCGGGUCCUGAGAUUGGAAAUCAACCUGAGACACGGACAGAGACUCCAGAUGAUCAGGCGCAGGACACAACGGUAGAUGUUCCCAUACAAGCUGCAGGACCCUAUACGGUUUCAACAAUGCGGGAGCUUCGAGAGGAGAAGGCUGGCGAGCCUUAUAGGGAAAGCUACCUGCGUGCAUAUCAAACGCCCAUGUCCCGGAACUACAAUAGCCACCUUGAUGUUCACGCCACCAUCUGCCCCUUCGAUCUGAUGGGUCGCUGCGAGGAUGCCGACUGCUCUUACCUGCAUUUAGCCCGCCCCGAUUUCCAAAACGAGCUGCCAAAGACAAACCCCCCUCUCAAUAACUAACAAACUCACUAAAACACUAAAAGUACACAUAUAACCCAAAAUAAAUUUAAUAGCGUGCUUGAAUUCUGGUAAGUUGAACUCUUCACGCGACUUAAUAUUUAAAUGUUGCUUUCAGUCAACGUUAAAAAGAAAGAACCCCACAAAUCAAAUGCCAAGCAGAUGAAGAAAAGCAGCCGCCCCAGCAGCGAGUGCAAAACCAUUAAAAGAACAAAGAAAAAAAAAACAAUCGUUACUAGGUUGUACCUUGUUUGUUAUUUACAUUUAUAUAUAUCCCGUGUAGUGCAAGUUCCAUGUUCGCCAACGCUCGAAAACGAUGUUUCGUGCUACAGUUUGAACGGAUGUGCAUUUCUACCAUCCGAUUAUAUUUUUUUUUACCUUAUUAUUUUCAACGAUUUUUCAACAAACUCGCCAUAAAUGUAUGCCCGAGGGCAAACAACUAGAUCAGCAUAAAUCGUUGAUUAAUUAAUUGAUAAAUGCCUGCUUUAUACAAUUAAUUUGAUUGCCAGUUGAAAGUAGUUUUCGUAUCGCAGAGAAAGCCAAAUUUAUUUUUUUUUUCUUUCCGAAAUCACUUUUCAAUAUUCUUUAUACAUGUUUAAUUAUUAUAAAGUUUUCUAAAAAUGCAAAAAAUGAAUUUACGAAACCAAAUUCGCCAAAAAAAAAGAGAUGAG